AUGCGCCGACAGGCCGUGCGAUCGUGGCCGACAGAGAUGCAAGCGAAGGUUGGAACCACUUUCUGCGGUGAGAUAACGUGGAUGAGUCUGGACAGCGAGGACAAGGAAGUUGAGGUUGGGACGGCUUGGACAAGUUACCAUGCGUCAGUCGCCAAGGAAAGGUACCAGGGCAGGCGGGCCAGUACUUUAGAUGAUGUGAUGUUUGCCACUAAUUUUAGCGACCUUUCCCAGUCAACCCCCGCAAGCUCGGGUGUCUGUGUCGAGAAAGAGCCCAAGCCACCUCACGAGUCGUCAUCUCAUGGGACAGCUCCCGGUUACUUGAUUGAGAGUACUCUGUAA